AACCAAACCCACCAUAAAUCACGCCCUAUUUUGUCAACAUAGCCAUCAUAUGACUCUCUAAGUCGUGCUCCACAUAAACCCUUCUCAUUGGUCCCUUGAAUACAAUUUUUCGAUACCAAAUUCACCAACAUCCCCAAAACUCAAAAAGUAGUUAGAUUAGGUAGUUUCUCACCUAUUUCAUCCAAGUUUUAAAAACAUCAGCAACUAACAAUUUCAUUAAUCUCCUCAUCACAAUGUCUUUCUGGCUCUCUAACUUCUUCCGUUUACACUUGACAACUCCGUGGCCUAUAUUCACCUAUGCUACCACUUGGAUAACGCUAUUAACCUUAACGGUGGCAGUGGCAUCAAUCUCACCGCAAGUGACAUUUGUUUCCGCCAUAUCUCCUUUCUCUUCGUUCUCUCAGAAGUGUAGAAGUGAUGGAUUCAUUAGAAUGCCAUUGGACGUUGCGGGAGAAAUCCUCUGCUUUCCUUCCAAUUUCUUCGUGAAAUCCAAGAUUGAUCUAAUCGUUCCACCAAUCUUUGCAGCGAUUACUGUAGCAGCUUCUACAUGUGUGGUGAGAGCUGUAGGAUUGUUUGUGGAACCAUGAUCUUUUUGGGGCUUUCUUAAACAAUGAAAUUAGUAAUAUAGUAUGUAUUAUUAUAAAUAGAUUACAAAAUUAUAAGUAGAUUUCGAAGUUCUCAUUGUUGAAAUAGCUCUUUUGUUUGUUCUUUUCUUUUUGAGCUUUUCUCAUUAGGAUACAUAUCUUAAGUCUUUGAUUGACACGCAUAAAUUUAUAAAUCCACGAGAUACUUGAAGUUAAUAUACUUAUGUUAAAAAAUAAUAUAUAGUGAUCAUCAUAACAGUGAAUAUUUAAUUGUAAACGACCGGGUAUCACCCUUCUUGUGUGGGCUUGGCCCUAGUUGUUGUCUCUGUCUUGGCCGAGCCAUAGCCUAUAGUAGAUCGGUAUUGUUGUAGUUUAGUUUGUAAGUUUUGAAUGAAAUUGGUAUUUUCAAUCUUUGA